UAUUUCGUUAACCCGAUUUCAAAGGGACAAUCUUUCUCUUCUGUCAUAAUAAUCCAUAAUUUUCAGCUCGAAUCUAACAAAAAUAAUUCAACCCUGCCGAACUGUAAAGGACCUUUCUCGAUUGACUCUCUCUCGGACCACUUAUCUACUUAUUUUCAACCGAUCUGGAAACUUUUUCCUCAGAUUUCAGCUCCUGGGUCUGUUCAAUGGAGGUAUCAAUUGGUGAGACAAUUAUUGUUUUGGGCACAUGAGAUGAUAGAAGUGAAAUUUUAGUAUGGCUAUGUUGAACGGGGUGGUUCUUUAAUUUAAUUUGGAGGAAUUGAAAUAACUUGAAAUGAGCAGAUCUCCAUCAUUUUCAGUGAAGUCAGAGCCCAAUCUGAAGGUUGAUGAAAAGUUAUUGCAACAAUGGGUUGUUGCCUUCUGCAUCAUUAGGUUUGAUCUUGAACGAGGACAACUCAUUGAAGAGUGUUACCCGCCAGGUUCUUUGACACAAAAUGAGGAGCUCGAAGUUGCUUUUAGUUCUUUUCCAGAUUCUGUUUCUCAAAAUCAUAACCGUUCAAGCAUCCAUGACUCCAUCUUCUUCUUCCGCUUACACAAGAAGCGCGGUUCUCAGGUGGCACCUCAGGUGUCAUCUGAGAUUGUUGAAGUUGACAGUGUUCGAGCAUCCGAUAAGUUGGUAGGAGGCGAGUUCUCAAAACCAAGGAUAAAAAGCAACCCUGUUACUGAACCGAGAUACUUGUAUGGUUUUGUAUUUAAUAGACAGAGGCAUGAUGAGAGGCUAAAGAGGGGUGGUGAGCAAAAAUCAGUGGUAAUUCUUUCACAUAGUCCAUUCUCUGGUGUGUUUAGACCUCUGUUACAAAUUGUAGGUCCUUUAUAUUUUGAUAUUGGACAGAAAGCGCUUCAUUAUAUAGCUGCUUAUGUGUCAAUGUGGCCUGCUCCUGUACCUGGUCAGUUGAUGGAGCUUCCCAUUGGGAAUGCUACACUUAAAGUGAACUUGCCACCUGCUCAUAGCUUACCUUUAGAUUGUGGAGUAUUCUUUGAAGAGUUAGCCUCUUCUGUAGCUCCUUUUCUGCCUUCCAAUCAAUCAAUUCCACAGGGCCUUUUUCAUGAUUCAGAUCUGUUUGGUAUAUUCAGAGGGCUUUUAAUGCAGCUAUGGAAGUUGUGGGAAUUGCUACUUAUUGGAGAGCCUAUUCUUAUCAUUGCACCAACGCCGCCUCAGUGUUGUGAAGCUGUUGCUGGUCUAGUUAGUUUGGUUGCACCACUUCUCUGUAGUAUUGAUUACCGGCCUUAUUUUACUAUCCAUGACCCAGAAUUUGCCCAUUUAAACUCACUUCCUGAGGGUGCUAAGUUUCCUCCAAUGGUUUUGGGUGUCACCAAUCUGUUUUUCUUAAAAGCCCUUCGUAAUAUACCUCACACUGUUUCAGUUGGAAGCCCUGCUCCUAAUUCAAAUCGACUUGUGCUUACUAAUAGAUCCUCCACUGGCAGACUUCCAGGGGGGCCUGAUGGACAGGGUCUGCAAAAUCUAAACUUGAAGAAGUUUACACCUUUAAACUUUUUGAAUGCUAUGAAGUUGAGGAGGGAUGGCCCCCUCUGUCUCAUGACAGAGCACAAAGAAGCUAUUUGGACCACAUACACUGCAGUCACAAAACCAGACACUUCAAUCUUGAACAGGCUAAUUGAUGCAGGCAUGUCACCUCGGGUAGAGGAAUCAAUGUCGGUUGUUAACAAUGAGAUACUGCGCCGCCAUUUCCUGGAGCUCACGACCAACUUUUUGGCCCCAUUUGCUCCGUAUUUUAGAGUAACCACACCUUCUGAAGGAUCAUCUCCGUAUGUUGAUCCUCCUUCCCUACCCUCAUUCAAAACUGAGGAAUUUCUUUCGAGCUUAUCAGCAAGGGGUCCUGGAAAGUUUCUACUUAAGAGGAUGACAUCAAACUGGCUGGAUCUAUACAGGAGGUUUUUGAAGGGGCAUAACUUUAUUCCUUGGUUUCAAAGAAGGCGUGCUGUUGCCGAACAUGAACAGUAUAGAUUAUGGAGGCAAGCAAGAAUGAAGACUGACAUAAAACAAGUGAUAUCUCAAAUGUCUGAGUUGGAGAUAGUUGAUACAUUCAAUGCAAUUGAAAGAAAUCUUAUCAAGGAGAUGCAGAACUCCGGGAGCAGUGAUACAGAUUCUGGUGCUACUUGUAACAAGCUAAAGGGGGAUCUCCAAGCGGUAUUUAGCAUUCUCUCGAAGGACAUGCAGCAGCUGAUGCUAAUGAAUCCCGGGAGGGCAGCUCUUCUGAAUGAAAGUAAUGAAGGCAUAUAGGUUCCGUCCAAUUUCGCCUCAAUGAUCGAAACAUAGCUUUUCGAAUCUGAUCGUGGUUCAGUACAUCCUCUUCCCAACUGUUUUUUAAUCGUAGGAACCAAUUUUGUGAACGGUUCUCCUUCAAGAUUUGUGCAGCAGAGGAUGAUUUCUUGUUAAACUAAGCCCUCGAAAAGACGGUUAAUGAGAGAGCAAAUGGUUUUGCAGUGUUGAGAUUUAGAGGUAACAAGUGAGAAUGAAGGAUUUUCCUAAAGCAGAGAAGUCAAUUUGUACAAUUUGUAUGUCCCUUACACUAAUACAUCAUGUUGUAACAUCAUACUAAGUCAAAAGGGUUUCUGUAUUUUAUUUUAUUUUAUUUUAUUUUUCUUGUUAAGAGUCUUGUUUAUUCUUUGGCUAUUUAUAGUAUUACUCUCUUAUACAUUAGGUUGUAUUUGGUAGUAUGGAUGCAAUAAAUUUUGGAAAGCGGUAAAAUGAGAGAAAUGUAUUGAGUGUAAA